AUGAAGCGUGCAUCAGGGGCCCUGGUAGCUUACUCUAGCUCCGAAGACGAAGCUCCAGCCAACCCUCCAGAGAGAAAGAAGAAGAAGCUGCCGUCUCUUGCAUCAUCCUUGAUCGUACCAGUACCCGUCGAUGACCCUGCUCUUCAUCAAGGACGAGUUCGUGCAACCCCGCACGUAGAGGGCCAAUAUGCCGCGUAUGUUUACAUUCCCCUCGUGGUGCACCCUAAAACUGCAUUGUACUCGUUGAUCGAUGAGGUGCUUGAUGUCACCAAGGAAAUGGUCCCGGCCGCCCAUGUCAUAGGGGAAAGUGUCUCAUGUAGUAGGAAUAGUGAUGAUGCGAUAGUCAAUAGCUCUCGCAGGGCGCGGGAGCUGCACUUGUCAUUGACUCGACCGAUAUUUCUUCGCGCCCACCAGAGAGAAGAGUUCAAACAAGCCAUAAAAAUUAUUGCUUCACGCCAAAGCCCAUUUCAGGCUUCAUUCGUAUCGUUUUCGGAGCUUACAAACGAUGAGCGAACGAGGGCGUUCCUUUCCCUCGAGGUAGGAGCCGGUCAUCAUGAACUUAAAAAUUUGCUAUCCGCACUGUCCCCAACCCUUCAGUUCCUGCGUCAACGAGACUUUUACAGCCAACCACGGUUCCACGUUUCGAUAGCAUGGGCUCUUCUGGAUUCUGACACGUCAGGGAACGGAGACGCCGGCGCUCAAGGACAACCUCGCGUCGUGGAAGGCACAUCGGGCAGCAACUUGACUAGUAACGGGGAUAUCGGGGAAUCUAAUAAAGAACUCCAGGCCGAGUGUUUUCCGCGUGUUCCGCACUUUCCAUCUGAGCUCAUCCCUACGCUAAACCAGCGAUUUGGUGCUAUGGUUUCAUCCGCUCACAUCGGAGGUUUCGGCGCGGAUACUAUCGCAGUGAAGAUAGGAAAGGACAUCUUUUCAUGGUCAUUUCAAGGCUCUCACGUCAAUUGA